AUGCCCUCAGUGAUGGAGCGCUCGGGGGCCGGGGUCCUGUCCAGGAGCAGAGCCAAGACUGUAACCAAUGGCAACAGCCAACCACACUCUGAGGAGGAGAGCAGUGAUGAAGAGCAUGCUCAUGACAGUAUGAUCAGAGUGGGAGGAGAUUACCAGGCUCAGAUCCCAGAGUUCAAACCAGACAGUCCAACCCGCUACAAUGAAAAGGACCAGAGGAGCAUGUUGGUGUGGUGUCCCAACAGUCAGCUGUCUGAUGCAAUGUUGGAUGAGUACAUCCUGAUGGCUAAAGAGAAACAUGGGUACAACAUGGAGCAGGCCCUGGGCAUGUUGCUGUGGCACAAACACGACGUGGAACGCUCACUGGCCGACCUCGCCAACUUCACCCCCUUCCCAGACGAGUGGACGGUCGAGGAUAAAGUGCUGUUUGAACAGGCCUUCAGCUUCCAUGGCAAGAGCUUCCAUCGCAUCCAGCAGAUGCUUCCAGACAAGCUGAUCUCCAGUUUGGUAAAGUACUACUACAGCUGGAAGAAGACCAGGACCAGGACCUCAGUCAUGGACCGACAGGCCAGGAGGCUGGUCAGCAAGAGAGAGAAAGAUGACAGUAAUGAUGAGCUGGAGGAAGGAGACCCUGGCAGUGACAGUGACUUUGAGAUUGACAACAAGAAAGAGGCAGUGAAACAGAACCCCAGCAGCACCAGCUCUGACAAGGCCACCCCCAGUCGCUCUGGGCCGAUAAAGAAGGAAAGCAUCGGGGCUCAGUACCGCCACCACCCGCUCAGAGCCCGCCGCAGGCCACCCAAAGGCAUGCACCUGGACCAGGGAGACAUCAUGUCCCUGUCAGCCUCUCACGAUGCUGGGGUGCUAACUGUACGACAGCUGGACACGCAGUUGGUGUCACUCAAGAGACAAGUUCAGUCUAUUAAACAGAACAACAGUAGUGUGAAACAGAGUCUAAAUGAAGGUGUUGACGGGUUCAAACCUGCAGAGCCUGCCCCUAAGAUGAACUCUCGUUGGACCACAGAGGAGCAGCUCCUGGCUGUGCAGGCUAUCCGUCGUUACGGUAAAGACUUUGCAGCCAUUGCAGAGGUGAUAGGGACGAAGACACCAGCUCAGGUGAGUUCGUUCUUCGUGAGCUACCGACGCAGGUUCAACCUGGAUGAGGUGCUGAGGGAGUGGGCGGCCGAGCAGGUGGCCACCAGCCGAGACCAGAGAGACCCCAGGAGGAGCGGCGAGGAGAUUGCGGCAGCUACAGAUGGAGGCGCAGAGGAGGACGAGGUCAAAAUGGAGGACUCUCCCUCAGACGCUGCUGGCAGCUCCUCUCCCCCCUCUUCAACCCAGACCCCAUCUUCUCUCUCCCAGCCUCCUCCGCUGCUGCGCCCAGCGCCUCCCUCGGCUCCCCCCAGCCUCCUCCGUCAGCCUCCUCCUCUCCAGACACGCCCGCUCCAGAACCGCGCGCCACACAACCACCCGCCACCUCCGCUCAUCCGGCCCGCAGUGACUUCCUCCUCUUCCUCCACCGGGGGCUCCAGCCUCAGGGCUUCUCCUCCCAGCUCCUCCUCCACCACUGCGGCAGGGCAGAUGCCUCCGUCGCUGGUCGGGCUCAAAGUGGAGCAGUCCAACUCGCACUGA